UAUUAUCAAUUUAAUAAUGUUCCAAAUCAGUAUAGUGGUCAAAAUCAAUAUGGCAACACUUCACAACAAGUCGAAAAUACAACUGAAAAACUCGAAGAAAAAGCCAGAAAAUGGCAACAAAUGCAAACGAAACGAUAUGGUGAAAAAAGAAAAUUUGGUUUCAUUGAGCACGAAAAAGUUGAUAUGCCACCAGAGCAUAUUAGAAAGAUUAUCAAAGAUCACGGUGAUAUGUCCAGUAAAAAAUAUCGUCAUGAUAAAAGAAUUUAUCUUGGCGCUUUGAAAUAUGUCCCUCACGCUGUAUUAAAACUAUUGGAAAAUAUGCCAAUGCCUUGGGAACAGGUUCGUGAAGUACCUGUUUUAUAUCAUAUUACAGGUGCAAUCACAUUUGUAAAUGAGAUUCCGUGGGUUAUUGAGCCUGUCUAUAUAGCUCAAUGGGGUACUAUGUGGAUUAUGAUGCGUAGGGAAAAGCGUGAUAGACGACAUUUCAAGCGCAUGCGCUUUCCACCAUUUGAUGAUGAGGAACCGCCACUAGAUUAUGGUGAUAAUAUCCUAGAUGUUGAACCAUUAGAAGCAAUUCAAAUGGAAUUAGAAGAAGAUGAAGAUGCUGCUGUCUAUGAAUGGUUUUAUGAUCACAAACCAUUAGUGGACACAAAAUUUGUGAAUGGAUCAACGUAUAGACGUUGGAAGUUGAAUUUACCAAUAAUGUCAACUUUAUACCGUUUGGCACAUCAACUACUAUCUGACCUCACAGAUUCAAACUAUUUUUAUCUAUUCGAUCUAAAGUCAUUUUUUACUGCUAAAGCUCUAAAUAUGGCAAUCCCUGGAGGGAGCAAGUUCGAACCGCUUUAUAGAGAUAUGGACACAGCUGAUGAUGAUUGGAACGAAUUUAACGACAUAAAUAAAAUUAUAAUACGACAACCUAUUCGUACUGAAUACAAAAUUGCAUUUCCUUUUCUGUACAAUUCUCUUCCACGAUCUGUUCAUGUGUCAUGGUAUCAUGAACCUACAGUAGUUUAUAUCCGUUCGGAGGAUCCGGACUUACCAGCGUUUUAUUUUGAUCCUAUUAUUAAUCCUAUUUCGUCACGUAAUCUUACUCCACAAAACUUGGUAGUAUCUCAUGAAGAUGAAAUUUUCGGUGAUAAAGAGGAAGAUGAUGAAUUUAUACUUCCAGAGAAAAUCUCUCCAUUUUUAGAGAGCACACCACUUUAUACGGAUACUACUGCUGAUGGGAUUGCUUUGUGGUGGGCUCCGCAUCCAUUCAAUAAACGUAGUGGACGAAUGCGGAGAGCAGAAGAUAUACCCUUAGUGAAGAAUUGGUAUCUUGAACAUUGCCCGCCGGGACAACCUGUUAAAGUUCGAGUAUCAUAUCAAAAGCUUAUAAAAUGUUAUGUGCUAAAUGCACUAAAACAUAGACCACCAAAAGCUUUAAAUAAGAAAUAUUUGUUCCGCCAGCUGAAAUCCACAAAAUUCUUCCAAACAACUGAACUAGACUGGGUUGAAGCCGGAUUGCAAGUCUGUCGUCAAGGCUACAACAUGCUCAAUCUCUUAAUUCAUCGGAAGAAUCUCAAUUACUUACAUCUUGAUUACAAUUUCAACUUGAAACCUGUGAAAACUCUUACUACGAAAGAACGUAAAAAGUCUCGAUUCGGAAAUGCAUUCCAUUUAUGUCGUGAAAUUCUACGUUUAACAAAAUUGGUUGUCGAUUCGCAUGUACAAUAUCGUUUGGGCAAUGUUGACGCAUUCCAGUUAGCUGAUGGUCUUCAAUACAUCUUCUCGCAUGUUGGUCAACUAACGGGAAUGUAUAGAUAUAAAUAUCGUUUAAUGAGACAGAUUCGAAUGUGCUUCAGUGCUACGCAGAAAAUCAUGUUAUCAGAUGGUAGUUUUAAACGAGCCAAAAACAUUGUCAUCGGGGACAAAAUAAUGGGCGAUGAUGGAGAAUCGCGAAAGGUUAUUUCACUUACUUCUGGUCGCAGCAUUAUGUACCGAGUUACUUGCGACUAUGAAAAUUCGUCCGAUAACUUAUGGGAAGAGGAUGGAUUUAUUUGCAAUGGUGCUCACCUUCUUGUAAUUAAGUCACGAUAUUAUCCGCGUACCGAACUGAAAUCGACACAACAAACAUUUAAUGUUCACUAUAUGGAAUUCAAUGUUUUUGACGAAGAACUCGGAUUUAACAUUCCGAAAUUAAAAGUUGCUAACUUUUCAUGGAACAAAAACGUAUAUAGAUCUUGUGCUACUGCAAAGGCCGCGGCGAGUGCAUUUUAUAGUAAAUUGUUGAAUAAAGGAUAUAGGGGACGCAUUUGCCUCCAUCCUGCUGCUAAACGCUGGGUUAUUAGACUCACGUACAAACCAUCUAAAGUUAAGGAAAUGGAUAUUAGCGCAUUGAGUUUUUAUUGGAAGUCACAUACGAAUAGAGAGAGAAUAGUUACUCAACAGGAAGCUGAAAAACAAGCUUCAAUGUUUGCUGCAGAACAAUUAAAAAACAAUAAUAAUUAUAUUUGGGAAAUUUCCGUUAUAGACUUUCUUCGUUUUAAGGAAAAAUAUCCUGAUAGUACGCAAUAUCUUGGAAUGUACAGGUGUUGUGUGCCAAGGUUCCCAGAUCAAAGUGCUCUUGAUAUAAACAUUCUAAUUAGAGAAGCUUACGAGGAAGUUGGUGUUAAUGAUAACUACAUCACUAAAAGUGAAUUUGGUUGGUUAUUGUCUUUAUGGCUUGGCGAUGGUUUAGAAGAUUAUCCAGCAUUUUAUUGUGAUGCGAAAAAAUAUCCUACCAUAGUAACUAAAUUAAAAACUAUUGCUGAAAAAUUACGAUUACAACUUGUUAUAACACGUGAUAAUAACCAAGUGGGAGAAUAUUGGAAUAUAUUAUUUUCCACAUCACCUAAAAGUACUUUUAGUUCAAUACAGUGUUGUGAUGAAUUUGGAAGUAUUAUUGUGGACAAAGAUGUGUGGACAUUUGAAUCUAACAAAAAUGAUAGAAAUAUUAUGAGUAUUCUUUUAAAACGGUUGGGUGUAUUUCAAAAUAAGAAAUUGUUUGAUGAAGAAUUAGUUGGAAAACUAACGAAUCAGUCCCAAGAGUUUCGUCUAAAUCUCUUGGCUGGAUUUAUCGAUUCUGAUGGCUAUAUGGCUUACAAUAAACGAAAUUGCUACUACGUGUUUGUACAACAAGUUAAUACCCAUGCUCAUAUUGCCAGAUUUUGUCGUCAUGUUGCACGUUCACUAGGAAUUAGUGCUAUUGGAUAUUCUUAUCAUAAUAAGCAAUUGUUCCAAAACGAUACAAUCACAAAUUCAGUUCGAAUUAAUAUCAGUGGACCGAAGAUAUUGGAAAUUCCAGUUACUGUCAGCUAUAAACGUAUUACCGAAGGCUACUUAUCAACGUCAUUUGAUGACCCAAACGGUUUAAUAAAAUUUAAAGUUGAUCCCCUUCAUGAGGACGAAUAUUAUGGGUUUGAGGUUACUGGAAAUAACGAACGAAUUUUGUUGGAUGAUUUUAUGGUCUCCCAUAAUUGUAAAGAUUUGAAGCAUCUUAUAUACUAUCGAUUUAAUACCGGUCCGGUUGGAAAAGGGCCUGGUUGUGGAUUUUGGGCACCUGGAUGGCGAGUUUGGUUAUUCUUCAUGAGAGGCAUAGUCCCACUUUUAGAACGCUGGCUUGGGAAUUUAUUGGCUCGUCACUUUGAAGGUCGUCAUUCUAAGGGAAUUGCAAAGACUGUAACAAAGCAGCGUGUAGAAUCUCAUUAUGAUCUUGAACUUCGUGCUGCGGUCAUGCAUGAUAUUCUAGAUAUGAUGCCUGAAGGUAUCAAAGCAAAUAAAUCAAAGACUAUAUUGCAACAUUUGAGUGAAGCUUGGAGAUGUUGGAAAGCAAACGUCCCAUGGCACAUAAUGGGAAUGCCAAAACCUAUUGAGAACAUGAUUUUAAGAUAUGUUAAAAGCAAAGCAGAUUGGUGGACUAGUGUAGCACAUUAUAACCGUGAAAGAAUUAGAAGGGGUGCAACUGUUGAUAAAACGGUUUGUAAAAAAAAUCUCGGUCGUUUGACGCGUUUGUGGUUAAAAGCUGAACAAGAACGUCAACAUAAUUAUCUUAAAGAUGGUCCUUAUAUUACUGCAGAGGAAGCAGUAGCUAUAUAUACGUCUACUGUCCAUUGGUUGGAAAGUCGUAAAUUUUCACCAAUUCCCUUCCCACCUCUUUCCUACAAACAUGACACUAAAUUGUUAAUAUUGGCUCUUGAAAGGUUGAAAGAGGCGUAUAGUGUUAAAGGACGUCUUAAUCAAAGUCAAAGAGAAGAAUUAGGAUUGAUUGAACAAGCAUAUGAUAAUCCACAUGAGGCGCUAAGUCGUAUUAAACGUUUAUUGCUGACACAGAGAGCCUUUAAAGAAGUCGGAAUUGAAUUUAUGGAUCUUUAUAGUCAUUUGAUUCCAGUCUUUGAUGUCGAGCCACUCGAAAAAAUCACAGAUGCUUACCUUGACCAAUAUCUUUGGUAUGAAGGUACAAAAAGGAAUCUAUUCCCAGCAUGGGUUAAACCAUCAGAUACUGAGCCUCCGCCAUUACUUGUUUACAAAUUUUGCCAAGGGAUUAACAAUUUGACAGAUGUCUGGGAAACAUCAGAAGGAGAGAUUAACGUAAUGUUGGAAACACAAUUUAGUAAAGUUUACGAAAAGAUUGAUUUAACUUUAUUGAAUAGACUUUUAAGAUUAAUCUUGGAUCAUAAUCUUGCUGACUAUAUGACCGCAAAGAAUAACGUGGUACUUAACUAUAAGGACAUGAAUCAUGUAAAUGCAUAUGGUCUUAUUCGCGGAUUACAAUUUGCUAGUUUUAUAUUCCAAUAUUAUGGGCUUAUUCUGGAUUUGUUAGUUAUUGGACUUCAAAGAGCUUCAGAAAUUGCUGGUCCUCCUCAGAUGCCAAAUGACUUCUUACAGUUUCGAGACGUUGCUACAGAGACUCGACAUCCUAUUAGAUUAUAUUGUCGAUACAUAGACAAAAUUCACAUUUUCUUCCGCUUUAAUGCAGACGAGGCUAGAGAUCUAAUUCAACGUUAUUUGACAGAACAUCCAGAUCCUAAUUCAGAAAAUAUUGUCGGUUACAACAAUAAGAAAUGCUGGCCUCGAGAUUGCCGCAUGAGAUUAUUUAAGAGUGAUGUUAACGCUGGAAGGGCUGUAUUCUGGGAUAUAAAAAAUAGAUUGCCUCGUUCGCUUACUACAAUAGAAUGGGACGAUACUUUUUGCAGUGUUUAUUCCAAAGACAAUCCAAAUGUUUUAUUCUCUAUGUGCGGUUUUGAAGUUCGAAUUCUUCCGAAGAUCCGAAACCUUAAUGAGGAAUUUACACUUAAAGAUGGGGUUUGGAACCUAAUCAAUGAACAAACAAAAGAACGAACGGCACAGGCCUUCCUUCGCGUUGAUGAAGAAUCAAUGCAAAAAUUCCACAAUCGUGUUCGUCAAAUAUUAAUGGCUAGCGGAUCAACAACAUUCAGCAAGAUUUCAAAUAAAUGGAAUACUUGUCUUAUUGGAUUGAUGUCCUAUUUUAGAGAAGCCGUUGUACAUACACGUGAAUUAUUGGACAUAAUUGUGAAAGCGGAAAAUAAAAUUCAAACAAGAAUUAAGAUUGGGCUUAACUCAAAAAUGCCUUCUAGAUUUCCACCAGUUGUAUUUUAUUGUCCAAAAGAAUUAGGAGGACUUGGAAUGUUAUCUAUGGGACACGUCCUCAUACCGCAAAGUGAUCUUCGAUGGAGUCAACAAACAGAGACUGGAAUAACUCAUUUCAGAUCAGGAAUGAGUCAUGAAGAAGAUCAGUUAAUACCCAAUCUUUUCAGAUAUCUUCAACCUUGGGAAUCAGAAUUUAUUGACUCUCAACGUGUGUGGGCUGAAUAUGCACUUAAACGUCAAGAAGCUAAUGCUCAGAAUAGGAGAUUGACUCUUGAAGAUCUUGAAGAUUCUUGGGAUCGUGGACUGCCAAGGAUAAAUACUUUGUUUUCCAAAGACCGACAUACCCUAGCAUAUGAUAAAGGGUGGCGCGUCAGAACAGAUUUCAAGCAAUAUCAAGUAUUAAAGAAUAAUCCUUUCUGGUGGACACAUUCUAGACAUGAUGGAAAAUUGUGGUGUCUCAAUAAUUAUCGAUCAGAUAUGAUUCAAGCUUUGGGAGGAGUAGAAGGAAUCUUAGAACAUACACUCUUUAAAGGAACUUACUUUGUCACAUGGGAAGGUUUGUUUUGGGAAAAAGCAUCAGGUUUCGAAGAAAGUAUGAGAUAUAAAAAAUUGACGAAUGCUCAGCGCUCUGGUCUAAAUCAAAUCCCUAAUCGUCGAUUUACAUUAUGGUGGUCACCGACAAUUAAUCGAGCGAACGUAUACGUUGGUUUUCAAGUUCAACUCGAUCUUACGGGUAUCUUUAUGCAUGGAAAGAUCCCAACCUUAAAAAUUUCGUUGAUUCAGAUUUUCAGAGCCCAUUUAUGGCAAAAGGUGCACGAAAGUGUUAUCAUGGAUUUAUGCCAAGUCUUUGAUUCUGAGCUUGAGAGUUUGCAGAUAGAAACAGUACAAAAAGAGUCUAUUCAUCCAAGAAAAUCAUACAAGAUGAACUCAUCAUGUGCUGAUAUAUUAUUAUUCGCCUCAUAUAAAUGGAACAUUUCUAAACCUUCACUCUUGAAUGAUAACAAGGAUGUUAUGGACGGAACAACGACAUCAAGGUGGUUUGUGGAUUGUCAGCUAAGAUGGGGAGAUUUUGAUUCUCAUGAUAUUGAAAGAUACACAAGGGCAAAGUUCUUGGACUAUUCUACUGAUAAUAUGAGCAUAUAUCCAUCACCAUUUGGCAUUAUGAUUGGUAUCGAUUUGGCAUAUAAUCUUCAUAGCGCCUAUGGCCAUUGGAUUCCAGGAAUGAAACCAUUAAUCCAGUCCGCGAUGGCUAAAAUUAUGAAAGCCAAUCCAGCAUUAUACGUUUUGAGAGAACGUAUCCGAAAAGGUUUACAAUUAUACAGUUCAGAACCUACUGAACCGUAUUUGUCGUCUCAAAAUUACUCUGAAUUAUUUUCGAAUCAAAUUAUUUGGUUCGUAGAUGAUACGAACGUCUAUCGUGUGACAAUUCAUAAGACGUUUGAAGGAAACUUGACCACUAAACCUAUUAAUGGUGCUAUUUUCAUUUUCAAUCCAAGAACUGGUCAGUUAUUUUUAAAGAUCAUUCACACAUCAGUCUGGGCCGGACAAAAACGGUUGGGUCAAUUGGCUAAAUGGAAAACCGCUGAAGAAGUGGCUGCCUUGAUUCGUUCAUUGCCGAUUGAGGAACAACCUAAACAGAUUAUUGUAACUAGGAAAGGGAUGUUGGAUCCUCUUGAAGUGCAUUUACUUGAUUUCCCGAAUAUUGUUAUCAAGGGUAGUGAGUUGCAAUUACCGUUCCAAGCUUGCCUUAAGCUUGAAAAAUUUGGAGAUUUGAUAUUACGCGCUACGGAACCUCAAAUGACACUGUUCAAUCUGUUUGAUGAUUGGCUUAAGACGAUUUCUUCAUACACCGCGUUUUCUCGUCUUAUUCUUAUCUUAAGGGCUUUACAUGUAAACACGGAAAAAACAAAAUUGAUCUUACGUCCCGAUAAAAAUACCAUCACAGAACCUCAUCAUAUUUGGCCAACGUUAAGUGACGAAGAAUGGAUCAAAGUUGAAGUUGCGCUUAAAGAUUUAAUUUUAGCAGAUUACGGAAAAAAGAACAAUGUUAAUGUAGCUUCUCUCACUCAAUCUGAGAUUCGUGAUAUUAUACUGGGUAUGGAGAUCUCUGCACCAUCUCUUCAACGCCAGCAAAUUGCAGAGAUUGAGAAACAAACGAAAGAACAAAGUCAACUUACUGCUGUUACAACCAAGACUCAAAAUGUGCACGGUGACGAAAUGCUUGUUGUUACUACAAGCAAUUAUGAGACGCAAACAUUCUCGUCAAAGACUGAAUGGCGUGUGCGAGCUAUUUCAUCAACAAAUUUACACCUUCGUACUAAUCACAUAUAUGUUAACGCUGAAGACAUACGAGAUACUGGUUACACCUAUGUCCUUCCAAAGAACGUACUCAAACGUUUCAUUCAAAUCUCCGAUCUCCGCACUCAAAUUUCAGCAUAUUUGUAUGGAACUUCACCACGCGAUAAUGCUCAAGUCAAAGAAAUUAGAGCAUUGGUUAUUGUUCCGCAAUAUGGCACUCAUCAAACAGUCAAUUUACCUAAUAUGCUUCCGGAUCAUGAACAAAUCAGAGAUCUUGAACCACUCGGACUUAUUGUUACACAACCAUUUGAAACCGCACAACUUUCUCCAACUAUUCUGUCUUUACAUGCUAGAAUAGUAGCAGAUAAUAAGAAUUGGGAUGGUGAUAAGACAAUAACAAUGACUGUGAGCUUUACACCCGGAUCAUGCUCACUCACAGCUUAUAAAUUAACACCUGCCGGAUUUGAAUGGGCUCGUAAUAACAAAGACACAUCAAUGAAUCCACCAGGCUACCUUCCAACAUUUGCCGAAAAAGUCCAAAUGUUGCUCUCAGAUCGGUUUAUGGGAUUCUUCAUGGUUCCGGAAAACGAUAUUUGGAAUUAUUCGUUCAUGGGUCCUAGUCAUAGUACAAGUAUGAAAUAUACCCUUAAGCUUGACGUUCCUAAAGAGUUCUAUCAUGAAUUGCACAGACCACAACAUUUCCUCAACUUCUCUUCCAUGGAAGAAGACGUUGAAGCUGAUCGCGAAGACGCAUUUGCCUAA